GCAGGUGCUGAGGGAUCCAGUCUCUAUCACCUGUGGACACAGGUUCUGCAGACAGUGCAUCACCAGAUACUGGGAGAAACCUGCUCCUUCAGGAGACUAUGACUGUCCUCAGUGUAGAAAGAGAUCCAGAACACAUCCUGUACUACAGCAGCUGAGUCAACCCAAUAAAACAAGAGGCUCUGAAAACAUGGAUGACAGCCUGCAGAGAGCUAUAGUAAACCAUAAAGACAGUCUGAAAAGGAGGUAUGAAUGUGUGAUAGAAGGCAUGGAAAAAGCAGGGAAUCAAACUCCCCUCAACAGGAUUUACACAGAGCUCUACAUCACAGAAGGAGAGAGUGAAGGGGUUAACAAUGAACAUGAGGUGUGGCAGCUAGAGACAGCAUCCAGGACGCCAACCUCACAUGACACAGCAAUCCACUGCAAUGACAUCUUUAAACCCUUACCAGGCCAAGAGAGAAGCAUCAGAACUGUGCUGACGAAGGGCAUCGCUGGCAUCGGAAAAACAGUCUCUGUGCAGAAGUUCAUCCUAGACUGGGCUGAAGAGAAGGCGAACCAAGAUGUGGAUAUCAUAUUUGUGCUUCCUUUCCGGGAUGCGGAACUUGAUUAA